AUGUCGUCGAAACUUCAAAGUUUACAAGGAUUACGUGGAAUUUCUAUACUCUUGGUGCUGAUAUUCCAUUUUUUUCCAAAAAAUUUUGUCAAUGGAUUUGUUGGAGUAGAUAUGUUCUUUGUAUUAUCCGGAUACUUGAUGACCAGGAUUCUCUCAAAGGAAUUCACUGUUUUGUCUGUAGUUGAUUUCUACAAGAAACGAUUUUCAAGGAUAGUUCCCUUAUAUUAUUUCACUAUCUUCUUCACACUUUUAGGGGUGUUAUCUCUGGUCCUGAAAUCCGAGCGCACGGAAUUCAUCCUUGAUGUCAAAUGGUGUCUUGCCCUGAUUUCCAACUAUCAACCUAUUUUUGAGCAUCAUUCUUAUUGGGAUCAAGUCUCCACAAUUCGAUUUCUAACCCAUCUUUGGUCCUUGGCUACCGAGCUACAGUACUACUUGAUAGUCCCAAUAGUUCAUUUGGUUGCAUCAAAUCUACCAUUUGUGAAUCGAAUAACUGGAUAUUUAAUUGCAAUUAUCAUUUUAUUUUUCUUCCAACUGCUGACCCCAUUUGAGUUGUCCUACUGCUUCCUUGCCGCAAGAGUGUGGCAGUUUCUGCUAGGUUCUGUUGCCUUUGAAAUGUCACAGAGGAAUGAUCUAGUUUUGGAUUUUCACACAGAGAAGAAGAACGAAAAAACUGAUUUCAAUGUUUUCGAUGGAAUCCCUCAUAUCUUUUUGGUUGUUCUCCUUACAGUUUUGAUGCUACCAUGGAUUUUUCAAGAACAUUCCGCAAGACUCCAACCCUUAGUCUUCAUUGGUGACAUUUCAUAUGUCACCUACUUGAUUCACUGGCCAGUUAUCAAUUUUGUGAGGUAUAUCCAGCAAAAGGACAAUUCGAGCAUAGAUGUUUAUGAAGCACUCAUUGCUGUAACCAUUAUCUUUGUACUAUCUCUGCUAGCUCAUUAUAAAUUGGAGAGAAAACUCCUCGAAUUAGAGUUCAGUGUCAACUUCACAAUAACUGUAUUCGUUAUUGGAAUCUGUGUAGCCUUGAUUCCUUGCCUUAUCCGGAUGGAAUGCUUGGCUAUGAAGACUUUGUCAAAGGAUCUGCAGGAAAAAGCGAAAUUCAAUUUGAUUGAAGAAAAUGUCUUGAAACCGGUGUUCGAAUUAGAAUGUGACUAUAAUGAGACAACUAUUGACCUCCCAAUUGACAAAUUUGGAAUUGAAUAUUGUGCACAUAGAAGCAAUGGAACUGGAAAAAUUAUGAUUGUUGGAAAUUCGCUAUCUAUUCGAGCAUUUCCCACUAUCUAUAAACUCGUUGAUGGCCAAUAUGAAGAAAUUCGACUUUUUGCUAAACAUGGCGGCGCCCCUCUCCUCGACAUAUUUCCUUAUUACAACUACGUGGUCAUGGAUAUGGCGCAAGAAAUGAAACCGGAUUUAAUAUGGAUCAUACAGGGAAUGAACGAAAUUUUAUUUGGAUCUGAUAAUAAUGGUAAUUUUUCAUCCCCGGUAAUGGAUAGGAACGUUCCCCGUGUCUUGGGCGAAUUCGAAAAAUUGGCCAAAAUGGUUUAUUUGGAUCUACCGUACUACAUCACUAAAGACAUGCCAAGCAAGCUUAUUGCAAGAAGUUUGAUCUAUAGAAAAAGUUUGGAACGUUUGUCGGUGAGUUUGGAGGAUGCGGAGAAGCAAGUUGAAGAGCAGACUGACAGAUUGAUGAACGUGAAUUGCAGUAAUUGCUAUUACAAUGAUGUGCAGAAGGCUUUAAUAAAUGACCAAGACAAACUAUACCUGUAUGAGAAGGAAACCUAUAAAGCCUUGACCUACGAUGGGUCCCAUCUAGCAUUGACGGGAUACAAGUACAUUGAGCCGUUGUAUCAAAGAAGGAUAAAUCAAUUUUAUGAGAUGCUGGAAUCUGAAGAAUUUUUCUGA